UAAUAAACAGGAAGCAACGUGCCUUGUUUUUUAUUGUCUUCUUUCUUUCUAUCUUUCUAGUUGAAGCAAUCAGCCUCUCACGUUUUUAAGAAAAGAAUAAGAGUUCCUUGCUUGAAAUAAUCUGGCUAUUGAGAGGCAGGCUGGUGUCUCUUAUUCUUGUUAGGGAUUCUAUUUUCCUAGUUGUAAAAGAUUCUUUUUCACUCUGGCCGCUGCAACGAAACUGAAAUUUUCUCGCACCUCAAGGUGGGUGUGGGGGGACAAAAGAGAGCUGAUUCUGCUGUGUGUUUUAAGGAGAUCAAGAUCAUCCCAUAUCUGGAGACUGCGACGUGUUUCGGAGGGUCUUUCGCUUGAUUAUGGCUAAUGUAGGUCUUGUGUGGAUGUAGUGUUAAUCUGCAUCACCACGAUGGUUAGAUUUUCAUGCUUCAAUGCUCACAUCGGAAGCCAGAAACCAAAGAAAACAGUUCAGCCAUCUGUUGAAGCUUUGUAUACGACUUUAGAAGAUUUUUCUCAAGUUCAAGCCCCUAAGAAUACGACUAAAGCUACAAACAUGGAGUCAUUAUUGCCAGAGGUAGAAACAACUGCUGAGAUUCAUGACCGUGUCAAACCUGUUACAGAUUCUUCUUCUAUUUACCAUAGUUGGAAGUCAUUUGAAAUAAAAGACAAAACCAAUCUUGAUAGUGGUCCCAUGGCCAUUCAGAAUCUGCACAAUAUUAAGAAGAGUCUGUCCCUUGGAAGUGGACUUUGCCUGGAGGGAAGAGUUCCUCGACAAAUUGACAUGGAUGACGAGACUGAUCAAGGAUUUUCUUCUGAUUUCCAUGACCAUGGGUUGGUUGAAGAUGGCAAAAAACAUACAGUUGUGAGCCAAAAUGCUCCGUGCUCAGAUUCUGUUCAAGUAAGCUCUAACCAUGUCAAUAUUGAGUCAGUUUUCUCUAUAGGAGAUCCUCAGCUUUCAGAAAAGGAUUGCCAUAAUUUCUCAAAUUUACCUUUGCUUUAUGAGCAUGCAAAUGACUCUGGUUACCACACACCCAAUAAUGCACCUGUGAUCGUAAAAUCAUGUUCGAUGCCAAACAUUGCUGCAUCGACACUCAUUUCUGGAGUACUUUCUCCUAAAUAUUUGACUCAUCGUACAAGAUCCUCUGAGGAUGUACAUGUUCUCAGUUUGAGAAGAAAAGAGAUUUUAAUUCAUGAUGUUGAUACCGAAGCAAUGCGAGAACAAGAAAGAGAUUAUGGCAUGCAUAAGAAUCAUAAAACUAACUUUGAAAGCUCUUAUGAGGGAUAUGAAUCUUAUAGCUGUUCUGCAUCAGCAAAAGACUGGAUAGUGCCAGUUUCAGAUGAAGUGAAAAUCCAGCAUGAACUGCGGGCUCUGAAUCAGAAUGAAUCGACUGGCAAGGAUUUUAAGAUUAAGCGAAUUGAGGAUUGGGUAAAUGAUCUUCAACACGUGGAAUCAUCCGAAGACACAUUUGAAUUAUCCCACCCCGAGGAUCAGGUGAAAGUGGAACCGGAUGUCUCAAAUGGUUUGACUGCUGCAAAGGUGGAUGUUAAGGCAAGUCCUGAGAUGGAAGCUGCUAAAAGAUACAUAUCUUCUUUGAGUGCAUUGGCAACCACCGCUCAACUGGCAAAUCAUAGCUUGGUUGUUAUACCAUUUCUUAGUGGAUUUGUCAGCUUGAAGGUGCUUAAUCUAUCAGGAAAUGCAAUAGCAAGGAUCACUGCUGGUGCUCUUCCUCGAGGACUUCACAUGUUGGAUCUGUCAAGGAAUAAUAUAUCCACCAUCGAGGGUUUACGUGAACUUACUCGACUUCGUGUGCUGAAUCUAAGCUACAACCGGAUAUUUAGAAUCGGUCAUGGUUUGGCUUCUUGUUCCUCUCUUAAGGAGUUGUACUUGGCUGGAAACAAGAUAAGCGAGGUUGAGGGUCUUCAUCGUCUCUUAAAAUUGACGGUUUUGGAUCUGCGUUUCAACAAAAUCUCUACUGCCAAAUGUCUCGGCCAACUCGCAGCAAACUAUAAGUCCUUGCAAGCCAUCAGCUUGGAAGGUAACCCGGCACAGAAGAAUGUAGGAGAUGAAUAUCUGAAGAAGCAUUUGCAGGGCCUUCUUCCGAAUUUGAUUUACUUUAAUCGGAAGGCUAUUAAAGUGAAGGAUGCUGCAGAACGAUCAGUAAGGCUAGGCAUCAGUAGUCAUCAAUUUGAUCGCGGCCAUAGAUCAGAACACAGAGUUACAAGGAAGAAUAACCAUGGCACUGCCCGUGCAUCCUCUUCAUCUCACAGAAGUCAAGCCACGGCUUCCCCAAUGCAGUCCGGAGGCAGGCACGGGCGCCACCCUCUUCCUAGCGGGAAGAAGGCUACUACCAAUCAUCGGAAUCAUUACGUAGAUCUUGAUAGCAAACUUCUGAGCUUUAAAUUGGAGGCUUCCAUGCGAAGGGCCCAAAGCGAGGGAAGUCUGGGGCAACUGUGAAAUCAGUUAGCUAUGCUGUGUGGUUUUAGACUAUUUGAUAUUCGAGUUUUGUUCGCAAUAAAUUGUCACUCAAGAUAUCUGCUGUGACCAGGCAUUUUUAGAAUGGAUUUGCCACAAUGGGAUGGAAGUUCUUACAGUUCUUCCUUUAUUUUCUUAUAUCAUGUAUGUGUGAAAAACAGAUAAUGUUCUGUAUCGCCCUUUCCUGUUCUU